CUCUUCGACAAUUCAAGAUGAUCUCGGCGAAGGAAAAACCGGAGGAACAGGACAGGAUCCAGAAACGGGUCAACAAGAUCCUGGAGGCUCGCCUGGAGUCGGAUAAGGACACCUUGGACGCUCUGAGUGGCCUGUCCACCUUCUUUACGGAGAACACCCUGCAGAACCGCAGGAAUCUGCGCAGCCAGAUCGAACACCGCUCCGUGGGGAUCAACGAGAACUUCCUAAAGGCCUUUCGCGAGGUAAAGCUAUCCUUGGACGCCGUUUGUGAAGAUUUGGACACGAUGGCCACGUCAGUAGAGACCAUGAAAUCGGAUCUGGAGACGUCAAAGGCCCUCACCAAGGAUCUGAUCGAGCAGACAAACACCAUGCAGCGGGAAAGAGAUCGCUUGGAGGUCCACCAGCAGAUUGCCCAAGCUUUCCUGGCCCGUUUCCAGUUGAGUGGAGCGGAGCACCAGUUGCUCUACGGUGCCGCCAAGGAUGCCCCCAUUGUGGCGGACUUUUUCCGUGUUCUGGACAGAGUCCAAAGCAUCCACGCCGAGUGCCGGCUGCUGAUGCAGUGUGGAUACCAAACAGCUGCCCUUGACAUUAUGGAGGAGAUGACGUUGCACCAGGAGGGCGCUCUGGAGCGGCUUUACCGCUGGACCCAGAAUCACUGUCGCAGUUUGGAGAACAACGAGAUCGGUCCCCUGAUUGUAGAAGCCAUGAGCCGGCUGCAGGAUCGUCCCGUGCUUUUCAAAUAUGUUAUUGAUGAAUAUGCCAUCGCGAGACGAGCUGUUUUGGUGCGCCAGUUUAUCGAGGCCUUGACAGAAGGUGGUCCCGGUGGCAAUCCCAAGCCCAUUGAGCUCCAUGCCCACGAUCCCAAGCGUUAUAUUGGCGAUAUGUUUGCUUGGCUGCAUCAGAGCAUUCCCAGCGAGAAGGAGAACUUGUCCUUAUUGUUCAAAAAGUGCGAUAAGCAGGAUAUUUCCGACCAGCUGCAAAACGCCUUAGGUUACAUAGCCGAUGGCGUAUGCCAUCCUCUCAAAGUAAGAGUGGAGACGAUUCUACAGGCGGAGAAGGACACAAUCGUACUGUUUACCAUAUCCAAUCUGCUACGCUUCUACCAGCAAAUAAUGCGCCAGGUGGUGCAGGGCGGCAGCCUGGAGGAUUGCUUGGUCGAGUUGCAGAAGAGCAGUGAGCAGAUCUAUCUGGGUGCUUUGGCUGCCCAGGUGCGAAGUGUUCUGCAGCGCCCAUCUGGAGGAUCGGGUCUGGCUCUAGAACCCCCACAAAGGGAUCUCAUACCUCCGCCAAGUGUUGCCCGCUUGUUAAAUAUGCUCAAGGAAAUCCUUUCGGUGGCCACCAUGGUUGAUGGCCGCCAAGCGGACAUCACCAAGAUCGUGAGUUGUGUGAUAGAUCCACUACUGCAGUCCGUACAGGAAAGUGCCGCCCAUCUGCCCACCGUAGAUAUGGGCGUGUACCUUCUGAACUGCCUGCAUCACAUGCAGAGCUCGCUGGCCGUUUACGAAUAUAUGGACGAACGCGUAGAGCGGCUGCAGGCGCAAUCGGAUGCCCAAUUGGACACUCUGACUUCCGAGCAGGCAUCUUCACUGGUGGCUAAUCUAAACCUGGGUCCUAUCUACGCGAUUCUGCAAAGCAAUCAGUCUAAAAUAGAGACAAACCUGCUAAAAAUCUUUAUGUCCAAGAUGGACGCCUUUUUGGAACUGCCCGAUGUGUUGCUUUUGCCGCAGGUGCAGCUAAUCAUGUCCAGCAGUCAUCGGGCUGCAGUGCAAAAGCGUUCCUUUAAUGUUAUCGUGGCCAUCUACAAGCAGAUCUACGAGCGGGUCCAUGAUCCGGCCAACGGAUUUGAGCAGCCGGAGCAACUGCUUCACAGGACGCCCGAUCAGGUGGCCCACAUCCUGACCACCUAGUGGACAGGGUAUUAUUCCAAUAUCUAUUGUGCAUUACUAUAAUUUAUAAUUUAUCUAUUAAUAAAUCAAUCUGUAUUCGGCUCUUA